AUGGCGACAACUGGAUCUGAGGUGGUGGUCCCGAACGAAAGAGACCAAGUGGCGACAGUGGAUGGGGUGGACAAACUGGCACCUCCGCAAGCAAAGGAGGAAGUCAGCAAAGAGGUGCCCGAAGAAGCAGUCAAAACCGUGAACGCAUCUGAAGUUGACCGUGAGGCCAUGGACGCGUCGUACGUGGGAUGGAAGCAGAUUGGAGGCUGGGAAGAAAAGGACGCGCUGACGCUGGAGGACGAGCUGCUGGACUUGAACAACGAGACGUUUCUAGACAACAUUAUCCCAGACAAACUGUACGGUGACUGGUACCACGCAGCGGCAGUGUUCUUUUUGGGCGGAACUCUGUCCUUUUCCGUGGGUAAGCUGGGGUUCUCGCUCGGUCCUGUGUUCUUCAUUAUCGUGGCAAUGGGUCUGCUGUACAGAGCGACAAUCAAGCGGUACCGUGCAACGAUCAGAGACCAGGUACAGAAAGAAUUCAUUGUGCAGAAGGUGGAGGGCGACCACGAGUCAAUGGAGUGGCUCAACAGCUUCCUCGACAAGUACUGGACGCGUUUGGAGCCGGAACUGUCGCAAAUGGUCGUGCAACAAGUGAACCAGAUCCUGGCGACGCAUCCAGCCAUCCCCGGAUUUGUAAAGGCACUCUGGAUCGACCAGUUCACGCUGGGCAUCAAGCCGCCCCGUAUCGACCUCGUCAAAACCUACCAGAACACCGACACCGACGUGGUCGUGAUGGACUGGGGUGUCUCCUUCACUCCCCACGACCUUUCGGACCUAAAUUCUAAGCAAUUGAAAAACUAUGUUAACCAGAAAGUGACCAUCAAAGCCAAGGCGUUCGGCCUGCCACUCUCCGUCACCGUGAAUGACAUUGCUUUCAAGUCGAGACUCAAGGUGAGAUUCAAGCUUAUGACUCCCUUCCCGCACAUAGAGACGGUCAACUUGCAGUUGUUGGAAGUGCCUGAUGUCGACUUCGUUGCCAGACUGUUGGGUGAAAGCAUCUUCAAUUGGGAAAUCAUGAACAUACCAGGGCUCUACCCUCUGAUCAGAGAAAUGGCCAAAAAAUAUAUGGCACCUAUCUUGAUGCCUCCAUUUUCCUUGCAAUUGAACGUUCCACAAUUGAUUUCGAGUUCCCCUCUAUCUAUUGGUGUCUUGGAAUUGACAGUUAAAGAUGCGGUCGAUAUUAGACGUGCUCGAAACAUACUCAACAAGUCAGUGGACCCCUACUUGUCUUUUGAACUGAACGGCGUGUCCGUCGGCAAGACGCGAACCGUUAGGGAUUCCUUGCAUCCAGUUUGGAACGAAACUUCGUUCCUAUUACUCAACUCUUUCACUGAACCGCUUACCAUUACGCUUUACGAUAAGCGUGAAAAGACGAAGGACAAAGUGUUAGGAACAAUAGUUUACAAUUUGAGUACAUUACACGAUGAAAGGUCUCAGCUUAACUUGAAAUCCUCCUUUUUGAGAAGCUCAAAACCUGUCGGGGAUCUUAAUUUCAACUUGAAAUUCCAUCCGACUUUGGAACCAAAGCAAUUGCCCGACGGUACUAUUGAACAGCCACCAGAUUUGAACGUUGGUAUUAGUAAAAUCGUUGUCGAGGAAGCCAAGGAGCUGGACGAACCUGGCUCUAAGGUGUCCACAUUUAUUGAAUUAUACUUCAAUGCAAAAUUGGUUCUGACCACCGGAACUUUGAAAAAUACCGAGAAUCCGGUAUGGAAUCAAGAGUAUGAGGCGGUCAUUACGGACCGUCGCAAGACCAGAGCCAAACUUGUUGUCAAGAACGCCAAGGGUGAGGUUAUCGGCAGUACUGUUCAGACUUUGAAUGACCUGAUCGAUAGAACGGAGGUUGACAAGACGUGGAUUCCAUUGCAGAAUGGAAAAGGUCAGAUCAAAAUUAGCACCCAUUGGAAGCCAGUCGAGCUUGACUUGGGAGCGAACGCAGUUGCAUACACCCCUCCUGUUGGUGCCAUAAGAGUUUUCAUUAGCAAGGCAGAAGGCUUGAGAAAUUUGGAGAAGUUCGGAAAGAUUGACCCCUACGCUAGAGUUCUAGUGAAUGGAGUCGCAAGAGGGCGCACUGAUGUUCGUGAAUCUACGUUAAACCCUGUUUGGAAUCUGGGGAUUUACGUUGCUGUAACUUCUCCAAAUCAAAAAAUAACUUUAGAGUGCCUCGAUGUUGAGACGAUAGGAAAUGACCGUACCUUAGGCAAAUUCGACAUCGAUGUAUCUGAGAUGUUCCAGAAGGGCAACGAUGAUAAAUACGUUGAAUGCGUUGAUGAAAAGCCACGGACAGGCCGUCUGGUCAGUAAGAAGGGUGUCAAGGGUACUGUUACCUAUUACGUUUCGUUUUAUCCAACAGUUCCCGUUUUAAGUUUGGAGGAAAUCCAGGAAGUGGAUGAUCUCAACGAGAGAAAGAAGGCACUAGCGUCUAGAGUCAAUGCAACGGGCGACAAAGCUAUGAAUAAGGCUGCUGAGAAAAAGGCGAAGGAAGAAGAAUUUGAGAUCAAGGAGAUGGAGGAUUUGUUUAGUAACAAGAUGAAGCUGGACCUUGAUGAGCUGCUACAGUAUCAAAGUGGUGUGCUGGCCUUUUCCGUUUUGGGCGGUGAACUCCCUCAGACUGGUGUUUAUAUCCAAGCUUUCUUCGACUCCAAUAGUUAUGCGCGCUACGUCACUCAAAAGUAUGGCGGACGAACCAUCAGGAAUGGUUCUACUGGUGACGUGAUCAUCAAGGAACUGGAGUGGUCGGUGACAACUUUCAGAGUGACCACGAAAGGAGACAAUAGCAAAGCGGACGAUUGUUUGGCGGAGGUUACACUUCCAACCGUUGAACUAGUUAAAAACUGUUACUACAAGCCAUCAAUCUUGAACUUGACCGGAAACAAGAGCUGUAAGUUGAUGCUUCAAGUUUCUUGGUUUCCAGUAGCUGCCACUAAGCUACCUCAAGCAGACCUCAUUACCAACACGGGUGAUCUUACGAUCAACGUUUUGAGUGCUAACAAUUUGAUCGCUGCUGAUCGCAACGGUAAAUCUGAUCCGUUUGUCAAGUUCUACAUGGACAACAGUGAAAACUCAUUUUUUAAGACACACCACAAGAAAAGAACGCUUGAUCCUACCUGGAAUGAAAAAUGUGAAGUUCAAAUCAACAAUCGUGUCAACAACUACCUCAAGAUACGAAUGAUGGACUGGGACGCUGGUAAUAAGGAUGACUUGAUUGGCUCGGCGAUACUUCCAUUAGCGAACGUUGAUCCAGAAAAUCCAAGCGACAUUGAUGUGCCUCUUACUGGUCCCGAUGGGGAAGAUGGAGGCGUUUUGCACUUGAAUUUCUCUUUUAAUCCUAGACAUGUGUUAACGGCACACAAGCAAGAGAAGAAGGUUGGCGAUUUGGCGUCUAAGGGACUCUCUACAGGUUUGAAUGCCGGUACGUCAGUCAUCGGCGGAGGACUGGGCGCUGUUGGAAAACUCAAGAGAGGCAUCUUUGGUGGUGAAAAGGCAGAAAGCGAUGAAAAUGCCAAAUGA